GCUCAACGAGGCCGAGAACUCAGCAGUAGGUGUGCUUCGAAGCUUAGCAGUCAGCGCUGACGACGUCUGCCGCUGUUGGGUUAGGGACCAAGCGGUCGCCUGGUUGGUCCAAUUGCACCUCGGGACUCGCGACUAGUCGGGCUUUCGCCCUGUCGAUCGAUGCGAAUUCCCGAGCUGGGAUCCUCCCAAUACGAACGUAUUCAGAUACGGUGGAGUUGAGGUCAAAUAUAAAUAAUAAAGGUGAGUAUCGAAGCGGGAUCGCACCGUUCCCAUUCAACACAUUGUAUUCUUUUGGGAUCCAGAUCAACCUUCUUAUCCAUUACUCUACCGGAGAUGAAAGGUAUCACCCUUGAAAAGCCCGGAGCUCCGUGGGUGUUGGUGGACGACCUACCCGUGCCCGAGCCAGGAGAUUCCCAGAUCCUCGUCAAGUCGAUCGUGACCGCGAUCAAUCCUAUCGAUGGAGUGCAAGCCGCCACCGGACUCCUAGUGGAGGGCUGGCCCUUUACCCCAGGAUGCGAUGCCGGUGGCAUCGUGGUCAAGGCGGGGAAGAAUGCCGUGUCGGCCUUGGGGUCGCCAUUCAAGGAGGGCGACCGCAUUUGCGGGGCGACCAGGCUCGGCACGAAAGGCCAUUCGCCUUUCCAGGAAUAUUUCCUGAUGGACGCGCAAGUCACCAUUCCGGUUCCAAGCAACCUCUCUUACGAGCAUGCCGCGUGCGUUGGGGUGGCCGUUGAAACGGCUGGCCUUGGAGUGUUCUCCGGACUUCAUGUCCCCAUUUUCGACCCCAAGAACCUCCCGGCUCCGAACGGCGAGUGGGCGUUGGUGCUCGGUGGCGCCAGUAGCGUCGGCAAGAUGGCCCUUCAGCUCCUCAAAAAGGCCGGGUACAAGGUCAUUGUAACCUGUUCGUCCGGAUCUGCAGAGCUCUUGAAAUCUCUCGGCGCCGAAGCCACAGUCGACUACAAGAAACCAAAGAGCGAGGUCAUCUCCGAGAUCCUCUCCAUCACUGGAAAUUCAGUCGCCCGGGUCUUCGAUGCGGUCUCGCAACACGUCCAAUUCGCCGCUGACCUCCUGAAGGGGGUGGAGAAAUCGCCGAGAUACUUCACCUCCACCAACGGCCGGGACCCGAUACCGGACGACGCCCCGUACGAGGGAGGCCCGAUUCUCCUAGGUCCCGUUGGUCGCCCGGAAGGGACGGAAACCAACGGGAGGAUCGAGGCGUUCAUUCCGUUGGUCUAUAAGCUGCUGGAGGCGGGCGAGCUGAUUCCGAGCGAGUACAUCGUGGGUGGAACGGGAUUUGAAAGCAUUGUAGAUGCGUACCAACUGCAGUCAUCGGGAAAGGGCGGGAACAAGAAAGUGAUCGUGAAGCUGCAAGAUCCGUAGAUAUGGGGAUAGCAACGCCAGAUAUAAUGGAACUGUCACUGUCAGAGCUCACGAUUCAAUUAACGGCCAAUACUUAAAUGAGACUAUCUAGUUAUCAACAACGGAGUUAUCACCAAC